AUGUCCGUUUUUAAUGACACUACUGAAGCCAUUGAAGCCUUCAAGAAUGGGGAGUUCUUGAUUGUAAUGGACGACGAAAACCGUGAAAAUGAAGGAGACUUGAUUAUUGCAGCAGAAAAGAUCACCCAGGAGAAAAUGGCCUUUUUGGUAAGAUAUUCUUCCGGUUACGUAUGUGCCCCAUUAUCUACUGAAAGAGCAGAUCAACUUGACUUGCAGCCUAUGCUUAAAGACAGAACCGACAGACACGGAACAGCAUACACAGUCACAUGCGACGUAAGAGAGGGAACUACAACGGGUAUCUCCGCACACGAUAGAAGUUUAACUGUCAAUGCGUUGGCUAACCCAUCAUCCAAAUCUGAUGAUUUCAUAAAACCAGGUCAUAUCUUACCCCUUAGGGCCGUCCCAGGUUUAUUGAAGCAAAGAAGAGGUCACACAGAGGCCAGUGUCCAGUUAUGCGAGUUAGCUGGAUUGCAGCCAGCAGCCGUGAUUUGCGAGUUGGUUAGAGAUGAGGAUGGUUUGAUGCAAAGAUUGGAUGAUUGCGUCAAAUUCUCCAAAGAACACAACAUUAAGAUUGUGACCAUCGAUCAAAUUGUCAAACACCUCAACUAA